CUCACCUCUAACACUGUUUUGCAAAUUUCGCCAAAUUUUAAUUUAUAUUAUUGUGUGAUACAAAUGGCAAAUACCGCGAAAUACUUUGCUCUUUUGGAGAGUUUAAGGUUUGAUAGAGCCCUCGCUACCAAAGGAAAUACGUCUGCAUCCCAGACUUCCUUACCGAACAACUUGCUUUUAUUACAAAAAUAUGAGAAAAUGGAGUUAACUGCGCAACUGCAUGAAUUGUGCUUGGCUUACCAACUAACGACCGAACAGGAAUCCAGCAUAGAUCCCGGAAAGUCACCCACUGUAGCCUACAUAGUGCGCGUGCAACACGUGCUCCAUGUGAUUACAAAAAACAUAGAUUUUCACAGCGAUGCCAAGGAGGACCUUAUAUCCGUUGCACAUCUCAAGCUCUGCAUCCAGGCCACACAGGAGUUGUCCUACUAUACUCUUCGCUGCCAGCUCCAUGAGGAUUUCUAUAAAUCACCACUCUUCCAAGAAGCUAAGGGAAAACUUCAGGCUAGUCCUUGCCUGCUUCUACUGGGAAUACAGUUCUUUGUGGAUCUUCUACAAAUCCGACAGUUUCACUUGGCCAACUCCAUGGAGCAGGUGCAAAGGGAUCUCUUGGCGGGCAUUAUGACCCUGCGAGUUUUGGAGGAUUCUCCCAAGCUAGAUGAGGCAAUCUCCUACCUUUGGGAAAAAGAAUUAAAGGCGGAUUUCUUCCGGCACAUCUUGCUCUUGAAAGCCACACCGCUGUGCAAGCCUUUGGCCGAAGCUCUGCACCAACAGUUGCUGGACAAGUUGAACUCUCCUCAAGGAUUCGCCAGUUUAGUGGAUGCACUGCACCAAACGCCGAAUGUGAGUCCAACGAGAAAAGCAGAAAUAAUUUCCGGCAUUGUGGCCCGGAAGGGAUUCUCUCAGCUAACGCAGGGGAAGAUGAUACGGCAAGUGUGGGAAUAUUGUGUGUUCUACCUCCACGAUGCAGAUAAAUUAUGUGUGGGUGUCCUGUCCCUAAGGAGAUUCUACGAUUUGAAUGAAAGGAAUCAGCGGCAGAUCGAGGAUAUAAUAAGGAAGCACUGGAAGAGUCUUACCAACCCGGAAGAUGUGAUAAGUGGCUUGAUAUUAAUGGAGAACCAGGAGCUCUGUAAUCGGAUUCUAUUUUGGCAGCAACUUUUCUGUUCCUCCAGCGUGGCCUGUUUACCCAGCAAGCUCCUGGUCCCUUAUCUGCCAUUCCUCUUGCAGCUAUACGAUGGCUUACCCUUGGAAUCCUCAGCAGGAAGCCAGCUUUCGAAUCUGAUAAUCCGGUGUUUGGACAACAGGGAGAAAGAUAAUGAGUUGCCAGAGAUUUUACUCAGAUUAUUCAAGUGGAAAAUGGACGGGGAGAUGGAGUCACACACUUGGCACACCCUUCAUCCUCGUAUAUUCAUCUUACCUGGCCAGGAUUCCCUUAAAGUGCAGGUUAAGGUGGCCCAUCAGGAUCAUCACGUGGCUCACGAUAUGGGCAGGAUAUUACCUGGCUUACUUCUGUCUAGUUUCCAUUCUUCACUCGCUUGCAAAGUCUUCCUGGCGCUCUUAAGGUUCAUGGGUAACCAGUUGAGUGAAGAGCAGGAUGGAGGUGUGGAUCUGCUAUCACAGGAAUCGGAACUAAAGGAUUUUCUCCACUCAAAAUACCAACUGACGCUGGAUCUGCUCAUAGCUCUUAAUCAAAUGGUGGCCCAUCAGCCCUUAAGAACCCAUUUAGCCACGCAGUCAAAGGAGUUAUUGGCUGUUCUCAAAGAUUUAAUGCAGUCGAAGCGUGGUUACAAUGAUCACAUCCUGCUCACUAUCCUGAACCUAUUAGAAGAGCUCUUGGAAGGCAGUGAGGAGCUGCGUCUCUCGGAAGGUACUAAGGACUUGCAGGAACAAUUGAUAAAAUUGUCCCGGGAAUCACGUAAUCCACAAGUAUUAAACUCUGCUCAAAGCGUGCUCUCCAAAAUUCAAGGAUCUUGGCGGCCAACAAAGGCUCUCCAGUCUAAGCACUUCCUGGAAGCUAGAGCUAUGAUCGAAAAGGACCAAUAUCAUCUACAGGCUUACGGGAUUCAGUUACUAAUAGAUCUUAUACAGAAGAAGGAUCCCGUCACUCUGUCCCAAGGGCACACGGUCAUUGCCUUGGCCUUAACCACUCUCAAGAGUAAGGAAUCCUACGUCUUCCUGAAUUGCGUCCGUCUUUUUGUUCAAUUGGUGCACGUGAUGGAGGCCGAAGUGUUGGACAAGCUCAGCGAUGAGUAUCUGUCGGAUACAGCUGCAUUGGACCAUCGCCUGGUUGUGGGUGAAGCAAUUCUUAAGGUCGCUCAGGAGCUGGGUCCCCUUUGCUAUCGCUACAAGGCAGUGCUUCUUAAUUGCUUUAUGCAUGGAGCUCGGUCUCCCCUGAAUGAGUUUCGCAUGUCUGCGUUCGCCAAUCUCGCCCAGCUCUGUCGCCUGUUGGCCUAUCAAGUGCACAACUUCUUUCAGGAGCUACUCCAUCUAGUUAAUAGCGAGCUAACUAGCGGACACUAUGUGCCCGCCAAGCGGGCAGCUGUCUUGGUCCUCGCUGAGCUCCUAAACGGCAUGGAUAAUCUGUUGGACUACCAGGAAAUGUUGCUGCCCAUUUACCGGCUCCUGAGAGCAAUAGAAACGGAGGAGUCCUGCGAUCCGCAAAUGCGCCAGCAUGCGGCAAAUGGCUUAAAAAUAUUAAACGAGAAAUGCAAACUACUGAUUCAGACGAGCCUGGAGGAGCAGCAGUCACUGCAAAAGCAGAUCAAGGUGCUGGGCAUCAAGGAUGAGGCUCCCUUGAAGAAAAAAAUUUCCAUAUUCUUGAAUUGAAUUAAGGUAAUUUUUAAGUUAAAGUUAAAAGUACUUGGUAAGUUCAAUGUGAUAUUAUUAUCUGAGAAAAUCCUCUAAAUGUAAUUAAUUAUGAUCAUUAAUAAACUAUGAGUAGUAAGCAACUAUGAUCAGUAAGUAUCUAUAACCAGUAAGUAUGUAUGAGCAGUUAACAAACGAUCGUUGAAAAUACA